UCUUGAUCAUAUUUUUCAGCCCUUGGUCCCUUUAGUUUCCACACUGCUACUGAGAAAUAGCAGGCACACACAUGCACAAACCAAAGAACUUGUUUAUGCUCUUAUUUUCCAGAAAUAUGGCAAGUCUGAAGCUAUCCCUGAGGAGGCAGCUGUUUCUGGGGACCAGUAAGAGGGGUGUGUCCUCAUGGAAGACUCCAGUCUGUCCAGCGCUAUCGAUGUGGACAAAGGCUUUGCCAUUGCCUUUGUCGUCCUUUUGAUACUCUUUCUAAUGGUGAUGGUUUAUCGGUGUGUAAAGCUGGUGAAGAAUCCCUAUGAGGCCAGCUCCACAACCACAGAUCCAUCUCUGAGCUGA